CGGGAGAGGAGGAGGAGCGCGCGCGCCUCCUCCCUGGGCCUGCGAAUCCGCAGCCUGCGCUGCGCCUCCUCCGGGCGGCCCCCGCCGGCGCCCCCUCCUCCCCCCGCGCGCGGAUGGUACGCUCCGGUCCGCCCGGCCCGGCUGCAGUGGAUGUUGCUAGAGCCCAAGCGGAGGAAGGAAGAGACGCAGGCAGGCUGCGGUGACCCGAGCGGCCGGCCCUGCGAGAGGGACCUCUUCUCCGAGAGACCGGCAUCAUGACCCAAGGAAAGCUCUCCGUGGCUAACAAGGCCCCUGGGACCGAGGGGCAGCAGCAGGCAAAUGCUGAGAAGAAGGAGACUGCAGCGGUGCCCUCGGCCCCACCCUCUUAUGAGGAAGCCACCUCGGGAGAGGGGUUAAAGGCAGGACCCUUCCCCCCCGUCCCCACGGCUGUGCCUCUCCACCCCAGCUGGGCCUAUGUGGACCCCAGCAGCAGUUCCGGCUAUGACGGCGGUUUCCCCACCGGACACCAUGAGCUUUUCACCACCUACAGUUGGGAUGACCAGAAAGUUCGCCGGGUUUUCAUCAGAAAGGUCUAUACCAUCCUGCUCCUCCAGCUGCUGGUGACCUUGGGUGUUGUGGCUCUCUUUACCUUCUGUGACCCCAUGAAGGACUAUGUCCAGGCCAACCCAGGCUGGUACUGGGCAUCCUAUGCUGUGUUCUUUGCCACCUACCUGACCCUGGCUUGCUGUUCUGGACCCAGGAGGCACUUCCCCUGGAACCUGAUCCUGCUGACCAUCUUUACCCUGUCCAUGGCUUACCUCACUGGGAUGCUGUCCAGUUACUACAACACCACAUCUGUGCUGCUGUGCCUGGGAAUCACGGCCCUCGUCUGCCUCUCGGUCACGGUCUUCAGCUUCCAGACCAAGUUUGACUUCACUUCCUGCCAAGGUGUGAUCUUCGUGCUGCUCAUGACCCUCUUCUUCAGCGGACUCAUCCUAGCCAUCCUCCUACCCUUCCAAUACGUGCCCUGGCUCCACGCAGUCUACGCCGUGCUAGGAGCGGGUGUGUUUACAUUGUUCCUGGCAUUCGACACCCAGUUGCUGAUGGGUAACCGCCGCCACUCGCUGAGCCCUGAGGAGUAUAUAUUUGGAGCCCUCAACAUUUACCUGGACAUCAUCUAUAUCUUCACCUUCUUCCUGCAGCUUUUUGGCACCAACCGGGAAUGAGGAGCCCUCGACACCCCACCCCGCUCCUCCAGAAAAUGCUCCUUCUCGGUCCCUAACCCCCUGUGCUCUCACCAGACCAGACAUAAACUCGCUGCAGCCAGCCUGUGGCCAGCCGCUCAGUCCCUCAGCCAGCCCUUGCGCACCCUCUGCAGCUUGUACAUUCGCCACCUUCGGGUGCCGCGGAACUGAGGCCAUGCCACCCCCUGUGCCACUGUCCUCCCAGUUCUGUCUCCCAAACUAGCGAGUCAAGGCGAAGGACCCAGAGGACAGUGGGAGAAGCCCAGCAGGGCCUCAGAGUUGGAAAGGAGACCCAGGAAGCCUGGCUGAGGCCGUGCUACACCAAGAUUCCUCCCGGGGCUGGGGGGACCCUCGGCCACACUGUCCUGUGUCCACCACACCCCCUCCUGCUCUCUUUCAGGCCACGCAGUGCCACUUCGGAGGGGGCUGUGCGGGCUCCCACCUCCUCUCAGUUCCAGAACCAGCCUGUUGGGGGCCUUGGGCCCUGCAGAAAGGGACAGGAGGCAGUACUUCUGCUGUUUGCCUGAAUUUGCCCUCCUGGGUCAGGACAGGGCACUGUGGGGAGGAGGUAGGGGCAGAGGGCACUGCUCUAAGUGAGGGCCUGGCCAGGGCUCCUGCCCCAGGGACAGGGGCAAGACAGCCAGCUGGGGAGAGCGGGCUCUGCAGCCGCGGCAACUACCCAGACCUGCAUCCACUCAGGAGGCGUUUAGGGUUGGAGGACUCGGACUCAUAUCGUCCCCUUCUCAGCCCCCACCCCAGGUCCGAGGAGGAGCGAGGUGUGCUGGGGUCUCUGGCUGGAGUUCUGGGGAGGAAGCGGCUCUGGCUGCCGGGCCAUCCCUGCGCGGAGGGAACCUGCCCUGCCCCAGCCCCGCCCGAGGCUGUGCCUGCUCCCUCCUCCACCUCGCACUGCCUCAGGCCGCCCCCAUCUGCCGCUGCUUGCUGGCUUAGCCCCAGCCGGGUCUCCUGAGGCCUCAGGAGUUGGCGGUGUCCACCCCCCGCCCCCUGGCCACUCACUCGGCCCAGAGUCCCGGAGCCCUGGCGCCCCCAUCUCCUCCUUGCUCCAGUUUGGAAACUGGCCAGCUGAUGCUAACAGCCAGGGCCAGUGCCUCCAGCUGGCCCCAUGUGAGGAGGCCCCGGCUCCUUAUCGGCCUCCAGGCGGCUGGGAUCUCAGGCAGGGUGUGCGUCAGCCACCACACUCCUGGCUGAGUCAGGGGCCCACACCUGGGGCAGUGCGCAGCCAGCGUGUGGCCAACGCCGGGCCAGUGGAAAGUUACUGAGUGGAGGCCGGGAGGCCCUGGGUGGAUACAGAACCCUGCCUUGGCCUCUAAUUUCUGGGCGCUCUCCCCUUCCUCCUAUGCCAGGGGCUCUUUUGCCCUAGGAGAGGUAACUAGGUAUGCCAUCUAUCCACUCCUGACUCCCCGCCCCUUCCUACUUCCAGCUUUCAAGAAAUAUUACAGACGUGUUUGAAGUUUUGUUCCAUCUUGGGUAUUUGAGGAGAGAAGAAACCAAGGACCAGCAGGUGACAUGUGUGAGGUAAAGGCAACUGGGGCAUGGAGGAGACGCCCACUGUGUGCUGGUCUAAAUUAAUCCCUGCAGCAGUGCUACAAAGGCAGUGUUCCGCGUGUCCCUGUUGCGCAGGGCAAAGCCUAGGUGCUCAGCAAGGCUUGGUUACGAGUCCAAGGUCAGACAGCAGGAGCAGAUUGGAGUCCACAUCCAAGGCUGCCUCACUGGACUGGGGUGUGUGGCUUGAUGGUGAGGUGCUUGCCUAGCAUGCACAGGCCCUGGGUUCCAUCCCCUACAGCACACAGACACACACACACACACACACACACACAUACACACACGGAACAAAAGGCCGCAAAGUUUCCCUCCGGUCUGAGUGGGGGCCGAGAGCUUGGUGUCAAGCCCAACAUCUCUGAAGACCUGUGGCCCACAGUGGCACCUGGCCUUGCAUCUCCCCAUCCCACCCCCACCAGACUUUGAAUUCUGAGGUUUUCGCCCGCUGGACACCAGUGGGGAGGCAGGAUUCCUAGUUUCUGAUUCCCAGCCUCACUGCCAUCGGGCCUGUGGUCUGAGCAUACCAAGUACUUCUUGCUGCCUGUGAUUCAGUUUUCCCAUCUACAAGAGUAGAGUCUGUGGCCAUUGUGGGGCAGGGAGAAGCACCAGGACACUUAUUCCUUUGACUUCGUGGCCCCCAAAGCCCUCUUAGCUUCCUUUCCUAGUCUCUGGCCUCAAGUUCUAGAAGGGUUUGCCACCUCCACCCCGCUUGGCCUGCUCUUCUCACCCUGGACAGCUUCCCACCUGUCCGAGUCCUCCUCUUCGCUGGAAAAUUUAUGCAGAAAUGGAAUUGAGCACAUUUUUCCAAGGCUGGGAUCCAGAAGGUUGGGGGAGAGGCAAGCCCUCGGCGAUCAAUAGGUGACCUGGGCACAAACCACAGCAGCCUCAAGGAUGGCUGCUGUGUGGAGGUGGGGUGGCCCUCGGAGGAUGCUGCGGCCGCCCGCCUUGGGUCCCGAGCGUCGUCUGGGCACUGCUGAGCUGGCCACAAAGCUAGAGCUCAAGCCUGCGUGUCUAACCUCCGAUGCGGGCAGUGAGGCAUUCCAGGAACACCUGGUGGGUCUUGGAAGGAGGAAGGGUGGGGAAGAGGAAUGCAGGAAUAUGAGGAAUGCAGGAUUACAGGAAACUGAAGCCGGGCAGGUGCUGCAGACUAUAGAGGAAGAAGGGCGCUGGCCCCUCACAUUUUUGGCCUGGGUGGGGCUGGGCCCAGGAAGCGGUAGGUUGGAUUUCAUAAAGCUAGAAAGCAGCCCAAGUCUGUCCAUGUCUGAUGGGAGGCCAGAAGUCUCCUAAUAGGAGGACGUGGUAGACUGGGGCCCAGAAAGCACACACGGGUCCCUGGCUCCUCACACCAGUUCCUGGGCUUUCGUGCGUGGCUCCUUCUGCAUAGCCUGGGGAAGGCCCAAGAAUCUCGGUUCUUCCAGUACUGAGAGAGUCAGGAUCAGACAGACCUUUCCUUUCCUGGCCCACCUGGGGACAAAUCCCAGGUGGCCUGUUGGGUUGGGGGGGAUUGGAACUUUACACAAGCACUUUGCUGCCCUCCGGUGGCUUCUUGCGAAAAAGCAGGAGUUCUUUCCACGGGCGCUGUGGCUGCCCACAAGGGGAGAUACCUGGCUGCCAGCCCUCCUUCCCCAGGUCUCCCAGACCUGUCUUCUCAACGCCAUCGGCUGUUCCAAAGAUUGUCCAAAGACUGUCGCAUCUCUUGAACACUGUUCCCCUGUCUGCUGAAAACCAGCCUUGUGCCGCCCAGCCCUGAGCUGUUCCCGGCUGAGAGACUCCUGGGCAUGUCUGUCGACCCCGGACACCACCUCGUCCUUCCAGCCUCAGCUCCCAGUGCCCCAGGGUCCCCCGCCCGUUCUCUUCCCUGGCCUCACCUUCCCGGGACCUGUGACUGACUGGAGAUAAUAAAAGCAAAUAACACACCAGA